GGAAAAUUUCACACUGCCAAAUAUAUAUUGAAGGCUGAUCUACUAGCUUAUCUAUUCAUUGAUUUUUUUGGACGAUGUACAUAUUGUUUCCUUCUAUUGCAACACGAGGUUUUAAUUUCCUCAUUGUCCCUAUAAAUAAAGUUCGAACCAGUGUUAUAGCAAUAGUCGGAUGAAAAGGUACUUGAUGAACCCUCUGUAGAUUAAAACGCAGAUGGCAAACAUCUCCGACAUCACAAGUACGAUUACUGCCGACAACAUACCUGUAGAAAAUCUGCCCCGGAGGACGUUUUCCGGUGUGGUAUCGGCAUGUGUCUGUUCAACUUGUGUCGUCAUCAUCAUUGUGUUUUCUACAGUUCCGGCAUUUGCUAGUCACAGUCCGGUAGUUUGGGGUCUAGAAGCUAUUUUAACCACGAUAGGAGGGAUUUUCACGUACAUUCUUUGGGUAUUUGUUCAUAAAAAUGGCGAACAGACUCUUAAAAGAAAUACGAAAGAUGUAACAAUUCGAAUGAAGCUACUGUUUCUUUGGCUAUUUGGAAUCGUGAACAUUAUUAAUUCAGCCAUUAACAUGGCUAUAAAUUGCGAUUGCCUUGCAAUUAACGCACGGGAUCAGUUUCCAGGUGAAUCAAUAGUCAGUAUUGCUACACAUGUUUUUGAAAUAAUAUUUAAUACCGGGCAGCUUGGUUUGAUAAGCUCAUACGCCUCCUACAGGUUGAAGUCUUCAACUCUCUUGAAUUAUGGGAUAUCAACUAUUAUCCUCACGCAUCUUAUCCGAUGGUUCAGAACCAUUUUCACAUCACUGAUAAGCAAUAAAUUGAUUGGAAUAAAUUCAAAUAUGUCUGCUUUUUUAAAUGACUGUUACUGGAAUUCAGACUUGACCUCAUUUCGAAGGAGCAUAGUACCCUGGAUAGAGCCCACUCUGACAGAAUAUAGUUUACUGGCUGUUUCAUUAAUGCUGCGAAUGUGGAUAUCAUUUGAGGACAAAUCUGAAACGAUUUCUAAUCUUCCCAGUGAGGAUGAAAGAGCACCAUUGUUGCAUCAUACGUCUCUUCAUAACGCUAAUAGUUCGCCAGAAAUAUCAACGACCGAGAACAGUCUACGCCAUGUGUUGAGAAACUCUUCAAUUUACAUAUGCGUUUUGCUGGCUGUUAUUCUGUGCUUGCCUAUGCUGACCACGGUCAUUAUGGUGUCCGUGGUGAGUACCUACUCUUAUCAUUACCAAGUGUCUACGGCCAUCGUCCAGUGUUUGUUUAAAGUAGAACUGUUAGCAAUCAUUCUCCUAGCGUACUAUUUUUGUUAUAAACAAUACGAAGAGCAAAACAAGGUGGAUAGAUUUAAAAGCAGUCGAUUUAUUCUGAUUCUCUGUACGGCCGGCUCUAUUGCAUAUAGUACUUUCGGAUUAAUUGCAGGAUUCAUGACUACAAAAGAAGACGUUUAUGUUGUUGCUUCAGCAUUGGUCGUGCAAAAGAUCUUUGAAAUAGUCUGCAUUUAUCUUCAGACUGUGUUGAUUCUUCAAUCGUCUUCGUUCAACACUAUUCGUAUGAUAAACUUCUCCAAAGGGAUACCGCUUUAUAAAAUAUAUUGUGUUUUAUUUUCAAUCAACAUUACUAUGUGGUUACUAAACAGUUAUGCUAGAAUAGAUUCUGACAGAAUCAUGUCUGUGGAAAGGGACUUCUAUGGAAAAAACUACUGGAAGGCGGUGAAUGAUGUCAUGUAUCCUAUUACUAUCUUCUACAGAUUCCACACAGCCAUGGAUAUUUAUCAGUUAUACAAAAAAUACGAAACUUUGCACACAAUGCACGACGAGGAAGCAUAAUGUUGAUUUUUUUCCCUCACUUAUCAAGCCAAUCUUUUUAUUUGAUUUUACUAAUGGUUUCCUCAAAUUUACAUUAUCUAUGAAAAUUUUAAAUAUUAAUUUGAUGAAUUUGACAAUUGUAUUUUUAAAAUUAUGUAAACUAUGUGUAUAUGUGAAAAUCUGAAAUGAAAGAACACUGAAGUAUUGCU